AUGAAUACAAAUUCUGCGAAUAAAUAUGUUGUGAUUCCUAUAACUCAGGGAACUCUGGAAAAAAUAUUUCUUCUGGAUGAAGAUAAUAAAGUGUUUGAAUAUAGCUUCAAAAUAAAUACACAUUCUUCAAAAAAAGAAGUGGAUGUUAUUGAAAUGAUACUCCUUUCCAAUAGCCAACGCAAAAAUCUCGCAGAUGAUAACAACAAAGCAAAAAAAGAGUUGUGUAAAAAACUAAUCAGAGUGGAUGCUAUUGCAAAGACACUCUUUGCCGAUAGUCAUCCAGAUUUUAUUCUCAAAUAUCCCAUAAAAGAUGAUGACACCAAAAAAGAGAAGCGCAGGAACUUUAUAGAAUUUCUUCUUAGAGCAGGACUG